UUGAGUACAAGAGAGACAACUGUGAAGAAAGAGGAGCUCUGUAAUUGCAUCAUGCCCAGAGAGAGGCAUCAAUAAGCAGAAACAAUGUCAUCCCUACUACUUCUGUACAUCCGGCUUCAUACACGCUUGAAACACUGAUGAUGGUGAAGGCUGCAGGCAGUGGCAGGAUGAAGCAGACACCAGGACUUCGCUCACCCACCAAGCUGGAUGUGCCUGUGCUGAUAUCCUGGGGCAGAGCAUCCUAAAGAGCUCUGCAAGGGGAAGAGACCACAGCAAAGUCCAGGAGAAUGAAGAGACGAAAGUGGCCCUACACAUGCCCCUCACAAAGGAACAUCCUGAUCCUUUGUGUUACUGGGUGGUUGAUUGCACUGCUGAAGAUCCUCCAUGUUGAAAGACACUUUUUUCCUUCUAAGGGCAUUUACUUGGUUGAGCACUUCUUAAGCACUUCUUCUUAUGUUAGAAACAGGUAUUCAUAUCCUAGAAAUGUGUUCCACUAUGAAAUUAAUUGUUCAUCUAUAUAUGAACAAGAUCCUCAUGAAAUUGGCAAGAGUUUAGAGAUAAGAAGAAAAGAAAUAGUUGACUUAGCUGAUGAAGAUGUUGCAGCAAUGACAAGUGAUUGCCAUGUGUAUCGUUCUCUUAGGAAAUACCACCUAAAACCUGUUUCUCCAGAGGAAGAGAGUUUUCCAAUUGCCUAUUCUUUGGUUGUUCACAAAGAUGCAGUAAUGGUAGAAAGGCUCAUACAUUCAUUGUACAGUCAUCAAAAUAUUUACUGUAUCCAUUAUGAUGAAAAAGCAGCAAGAAGUUUCAAAUCUGCUUUGAAAAAUCUGGCUAAAUGUUUCCCAAAUAUUUUCAUUGCAUCAAAGUUGGAGACAGUGGACUAUGCACAUAUUUCACGUCUGCAAGCAGAUUUCAAUUGUUUGUCUGAUUUGAUGGGCUCUCCAGUCCCUUGGAAGUAUGUUAUCAAUUUGUGUGGUCAAGAUUUCCCUUUGAGGUCAAAUUUCGAGUUGGUCGCUGAACUGAAGAAACUUCGUGGAGGAAACAUGCUGGAAACUACAAAGCCAAGCAGUAGCAAACGAGAACGAUUUACUUAUCACUAUGAACUUAUGAAAGUGCCUUAUGAAUACAUGCAGAUGCCUGUAAAAACCAACAUUUCCAAGAAUCCGCCGCCUCACAAUAUUGAAGUAUUUGUAGGCAGUGCCUAUUUUGUUUUAAGUCGAGAAUUUAUUCAAUAUACACUUGAAAGCUCACUCGCAAAAGAUUUUUUUGAGUGGUCAAGGGACACAUACUCUCCAGAUGAACAUUUCUGGGCCACUCUUGUACGUGUUCCUGGGGUCCCUGGGGAAGUUCCAAGGUCAUCUCAGGACAUAACAGACUUACAAAGCAAAACUCGUCUGGUGAAAUGGAAUUAUCUUGAAGAUUAUUUGUAUCCUCCAUGCACUGGUACCCACCUUCGCAGUGUUUGCAUCUACGGGGCUGGAGAAUUAAGAUGGCUUCUGAAUUAUGGGCACUGGUUUGCCAACAAGAUUGACUCCAAAGUAGACCCUGUUCUGGUAAAAUGCUUGGCUGAAAAAGUGGCAGAACAACAGAAGGAGUGGGUACAUUUGUCCUCUGACAAACGCUUUCUGCACUUAAGUUCUACGAAUGCCUUGCUAUAGCAGCACUGUGCUCUCUGCUGUCCUUGCCGUGUCCUGCUGUAGCACAGCACCUGCAGUUCCUCUCCCUUGUCUGCUGCAGGAUGUCAGUGAGCAAAACAUCCAUUCUGUAUGAAGUUCAAGCCCCUGGAGAGCCAGGUGCCUGGCGUUUAUUUAUGAAAAGUUAUGCCUCUCUGAUUAAUUGUUUUGUAACUUGCCACAAUAAACCUGUAAUUGUUCUUCA